AUGGGAGAGCCCACACUCUCGUGUUACUACAACAGUUUAAUAGAAGACUACGAGUCAAUCCUGAACCAGAGACUGAUAACUAAAUCGCGACUCGAAGCGCAAAGAAACGAGCUUAACCUGAGAGUGAGAGAACUGAAAGAUGAACUGCACAGCCUGCUAGAGUCAGGAUCGUUUGUCGGAGAAGUGAUAAAGGCAAUGAAUAACGAAAAGGUGCUGGUCAAAAUCAGCCUCGAGGGCAAGUACGUGGUGGAGGUGGCGAACGAUAUCGACAUCAGUUUGGUGACGCCAAACACAAGAGUGGCACUGAUGUCAGACUCAUAUAAGCUGCAUAAAAUACUGCCGACAAAAGUGGACCCUUUAGUGGCACUUAUGAAGGUGGAAAAGGUGCCAGACAGCACGUACGAGAUGGUGGGAGGACUGCAGGACCAGAUAAAGCAGGUGAAGGAGGUGAUAGAGUUACCAAUAAAACACCCGGAGAUUUUCGAUGCACUAGGUAUUAGUCAGCCGAAAGGAGUGUUGCUGUACGGGCCACCAGGAACAGGAAAGACGCUGCUGGCAAGAGCAGUGGCACACCACACAGAGUGCACAUUCAUAAGAGUUAGCGGAUCGGAGCUGGUGCAAAAAUAUAUCGGAGAAGGAAGCAGAAUGGUGAGAGAACUCUUCGUAAUGGCAAGAAAUCACGCACCCUCAAUAAUAUUCAUGGACGAAAUCGACUCGAUAGGAAGCACGAGAAGCGAAGGAAGCAGAGGAGACUCGGAAGUACAGAGAACAAUGCUGGAACUGCUGAGUCAGCUGGACGGAUUUGAGCCCUUUCAGAACAUUAAGGUGAUCAUGUGCACGAACAGAAUCGACAUCCUGGACGAAGCGCUCCUGAGACCAGGAAGAAUAGACCGCAAAAUAGAGUUCCCAAACCCGACGGUGGAAGGAAGAGAGCAGAUACUUAAGAUACACUCCAAAAAAAUGAACCUGCUGAGAGACAUAGAUUUGCUGGAAAUAGCGAAGAAGAUGACAGGAUGCAGCGGAGCAGAAAUCAAGGCAGUGUGCACAGAAGCAGGAAUGUUCGCGCUUAGAGAGAGGAGAGUGCACGUGACGAGAGAAGACUUUGAAAUGGCAGUAGCGAAGGUGAUGAAAAAGGGGCAGGAACAAAUGUCAAUCAAGAAGCUGUGGAAGUAG